AAACAUACCAAAAAGUAUUACCUGGAGUGAAACUUAUCUCUGUCACGGUUAAAGCUUUCUUUUCGUAUACAAUAAAUUACAAAACUGCCAGUACUCGGCCAGUACUGAACCAGAAGUGGUUACCAGUACUGGUGCCAACUCUGGUAGCCAAUACUGGUAAAAUGUUAUCAUUCCAAAGUUACGCCAACUCUGGCGCCAAUACUGGGUGCCAGUACUGCGCCAUUAGUAAAUUUUUGAUUGGGUAUAUAAUAAUAAGUCUUGUAAAUUUUUGCAACCUUAAAUUGAAGGUUUUUUAAAAUUUUUUCUCAAAAGUUUCAGAUUAUAAUAAGUUACCCUAGUAGAAAUUUGUCCUCGCUAUAAUAAAAGAACUGUCCAAUCGUGCUUGAAUUUGUUUAGUUACUUUACUAGUCAGCUCGCUGACAACUCGAAUGUCAUGUCACGCUUUUUCUUAUCAAAAGUAAUACAUAUUUUACAGAAUAAGAUUUUAACUAAUCAUAAUUCUCAAAAUUUUGUUUUAGAGCUUCGUUAUGCGUCCCGUUUGUCAAACUAAAUUUUAUUGAUUUUUUUAUAUUCAAAGUUGUUCAAUGAUAAAUUUUUAUUAUUGGACGACAAUCCGAUAUUUUUUUAAGGAUUCAGUUUUUUACACGUGCCUCUUUAUUGCUUUAAAAUUUUUAACAUGUGGCGUCUGUAUACACAGUACUUUUGUGAAAGUGUCAAAAUGUUGAACAACGAGCAGAAAAACUUUAUGAAAAACACUAGAUGGAGAAGAGCACUAGAUUUAAAACUAGAACUAACAACAUUCUGCUUUGCACUUCUUAUAUGUCUACCAGAAGCACAUACUCUUAAAAAAACAUCGGAUAACAGAAAAGAUUACUGUUUGAAACCUGAAUGCCUUGACACAGCCUCAAGAGUAUUAGAGUACAUGGACAAAGGUUUUGAUCCUUGCGACAAUUUUUAUAAAUUUGCCUGCGGUAACUUUCCAAAAUCGAGGAGGAUUUCAAAUUACGAAUCGGAUAUAAUCGAUAGUUUUUCCCUUCUUGAGAAUAAAAUUGAUCAAGAAAUGAAGACAAUUCUAGAGAAGAAUGACGAACCUACUGAACCAAACUAUGCAAGAUUAAUAAAAGCUUUUUAUAGAGAAUGUAUGAAUGCAAAUAAAAUCGAACAACAAAAUCUAAAUUUAAUUUUGGACUUGUUAAAAAAAAUUGGUGGAUGGCCACUUUUAGAAGGAAAUUCUUGGAAUAAUGUGAAUUUCCAAUGGGAAAAAUUUGGCUUCCUAUUGGACAGUUUCAAAGAUAAUUUCAUUUCUUCACAUUUUGUUCCAGAUGUAAAAAAUCAUACAACCUUAAUCCUAAAAAUUGAACCACCAACAAAUCUUAAUUUAUCCCCUAAAUAUUAUAAUAAAAUAAAUGACACUGUACAUCUUUUUGGAGCUAAAAAUGAUAAUAUUAAAACUGAUAUAGAUAAAAUUAUCGAAAUAGAAAAAAUGCUUAUUAAUAUAACUGUGCCAACGAGAGAUAGAAAUUAUAAUAAUUGUAUUGGUAUGACUUUUAAAGAACUCAAUGGAAAUUAUUCUAAUAUUUUGUGGAGAGAAUACAUUGAUUCUAUUUUGAACCCAGUUACUAAUAUCAGAGAUGAUGAUAUUAUAUUUGUUGUGGAUCUAAGCUACUUUCAUCAAUUGAACAAUCUAAUUAAUCAGAUCUCAAAAAAAGAUCAAGCAAAUUAUGUUAUAUGGAAAGCAAUUAACGAUCUUCUUAGUAAUUAUGUUGGCGCUAGUGAAGACAAUCCGCAGAAAUGGAAACAUUGUUACUAUACUGUAGAUAAUUUUUUCCCUAAUAGUCUUGGAAUGCUCUAUGUCAAAUACUACUUCAAUUUAUCAGAAUCUGGGAAAAAAGAUAUCGACGAAAUGUUGGAAAAUAUUGUUCAGCAGUUCAAUACUCUUCUAAAUGAGAGUUAUUGGCUGGAUGAUAAAAUAAAGGAAAAGGCUUUAGAGAAACUUGCAUCAUUGUCUAUAACACAUCCAGUAAUUUACAAAUUAUUUGAUGACAUGGAAAUUGAUGAAUAUUACGCAAAGUUGAAUAUAACGCCAAAUAAUUAUCUUCAAUUAAUAAUUGACAUACAAAAAUUUAACAGAAAUAAAGCUGUAGAUUUAUUUAGAAAAUCUUUAAAUACAAACAGUUGGUAUCUACUGUUCAAUCCAAUGAUAGUGAAUACAAUAUUCAUUUAUGAUGAUAAUAGUAUUGCUUUACCACCCGGUAUUUUUCAAGGAGUUUUCUUUAAUGAAAACAUACCUCAGUACAUGAAUUAUGGAGCAAUCGGAUUUUACAUUGGACACGAAUGUACUCACGGUUUUGACAGUUUUGAUAGUCUGAGAAAUCUCGACAAUUGGUGGGAGCCGGAAAGCAGAGAAAAUUUUCGUUCAAGGAUUCAAUGCCUUAUUAAUCAAUAUGGAAACUAUACAUUAAAUGAAGUUAAUUUAAAUAUAAAUGGCACGAGAACGGCAAAAGAAAAUACUGCAGAUAAUGGUGGAGUUAAAACUGCAUAUUUAGCUUAUCAGAGCUAUGUGAAAAAACAUGGUCGCGAAGCUUUGUUGCCAGGUGUAAAUUAUACACAACUUCAGCUCUUUUGGAUUAGUUUUGCCCAAACUUUAUGCGAGAAAAUUACUUUAGAUGUACAGAGGGAGAAAAUUAACAUCUACAAUCACAGUCCUAAUGAAUUUCGAGUUCUUGGUUCCCUUGUCAACCGAGAAGAAUUUGCAAAAGAUUUUCAAUGUUCAAACAACAAGAGGAUGAAUCCUAGAGAGAAGUGUUCCGUUUGGUAAUUCCAAAAACGAAAUUGACAAUUCAAUAUAAACAUAGAGAUCUGUUUGAACGAUUUUAUUUAAUUUAACACAGUUUUUGAGUUUUAUUUUUAUAAAUUAAGAAUUCCAUUUUCUAAGUGUAAUACAAAUAAAUAUUUAUUUUCUUAUAUUAGUCAAGUAACCGACUAAUUGAAUGAAAUAAAUUUGCUUUCAGUGUAGAAAAAAAA